AAUCUUCUUCAACUGAUUAUUUUAAAUUCAUAGUGACAACAAUGAAAUUGAAAUUAUUGCCACUGAAGUUAUUUGCAUUUUCAUUGCUAAUUAUUAUUCCCGUUGUUCGAAUCAUUCAUGCUGUUCGAAUUGAAUUAGAAGAUGAUCUUCCUGAAAAAUGUGAUUUUCGUAAAUGUCCCACCAUUGUGGAAAUAUCGGAUCCAACAAAAUUAUAUGUCCACCUGGUUCCGCAUACACAUGAUGAUGUUGGCUGGCUAAAAACAGUUGAUCAAUAUUAUUAUGGUACAAAACAAUGGAUCCAAAAUGCUGGUGUACAAUAUAUCCUGGAUACGGUGAUCGAUGAAUUGAUACGUAAUAAACAACGUAAAUUUAUUUAUGUUGAGACAGCAUAUUUUUGGAAAUGGUGGCUUGAACAGGAUGAAAAAAUGCGUUCAAUUGUAAGAGAAUUGGUUCGUACUGGUCAAUUUGAAUUUAUCAAUGGUGGUUGGUCAAUGCCGGAUGAAGCGACCACACAUUAUCAAUCAUUAAUCGAUCAAUCUACAUGGGGUUUACGACGUUUAAAUGAUACAUUUGGUAAAUGUGGCCGACCACGUGUUACAUGGCAAAUUGAUCCAUUUGGACAUUCACGUGAAAUGGCUAGCCUUUAUGCUCAAAUGGGUUAUGAUGCAAUGUAUUUUGCACGUGAAGAUUAUCAGGAUCGUCGUUAUCGUCAAUAUCAUCAUACAUUGGAACAUGUAUGGCAAGGUUCAGAUGAUCUUGGUAAUCGUAGUGAUAUUUUCACUGGUAUGAUGCAAAUGGGUUAUGGUCCACCAAAUGGAUUAGAUUGGGAUCUUGUUGGUGGUGAAAAUGAUCCUAUUGUUGAUAAUAAAAAUUCCGAAGAAUAUAAUGUACCAGAAAUUGUGGAAAAAUUUCAAAAAUUAGCAAGAAAAUAUUCCUAUUAUUAUGCAACAAAUCAUAUAAUGUUUCCAAUGGGUACUGAUUUCAAUUAUCAAUCCGCUCAUCAAUGGUAUAAAAAUAUGGAUAAAUUAAUAGAUGCCAUAAAUGGUGAUCAAAAAUCCAAUGUACGUACAUUUUAUUCAACACCAACAUGUUAUACAAAAGCACUUUGGAAUAGUAAUCAUACAUGGACUAGUAAAAAUGAUGAUUAUUUUCCAUAUGCAUCCGAUCCACAUGCAUAUUGGACUGGAUAUUAUACAUCAAGACCAUCAUUGAAACGUAUGGAACGUGUUGCAAAUAAUUGGUUACAAGCAUGUAAACAAUUGGAUGCAUUGGCCAUAAAUAAUGGCCGAUUCGAUGAUAAUAUAACAAAUCUUCGUGAAGCAAUGGGCAUUUUACAACAUCAUGAUGCUGUAUCAGGAACAGAAAAACAACAUGUUGCCAAUGAUUAUGCACGAUUACUUCAUAAAGCCAUUGUUGAAUGUCAACAAGUUAUUAGUCAAAGUUUCGGAAAUAUUGCCAAAAAUUUGGGCCUAGAAUUUCAUUCACAACCUGAACAAUUACAAUAUUGUAAUGAAUUAAAUAUUAGUUCUUGUCCAAUAACAGAAAGUGGUCAUAGUUUUACUGUUACCUUGUAUAAUCCAUUAUCGCAUCCAUUAUCAGAUCAUAGGAUUCGUUUGCCUGUAAAUGAAAAAUUUUUUUAUCAAGUUUUCGAUGCUGAAGGUCAUACAAUACCGGCAAUAUUAAUACCGAUACCUGAAUGGAUACGUGAUAUACCUGGACGAUCACAUCGUUACGAUUCAAAUGUUGAAAUUGUAUUCAAAGUGAAUGUAACAGCAUUAGGUAUUGAAACCUAUACAAUAAGAUCAUCAUUGAUUGCGACGGAAAAAACAGCUCGAUUAAUACAAGGAAAACGUAUUGAUUCGAAUAAUAUUAAAUUAUCUGGCAAUAAUUUUGAUUUAUAUUUUGAUCAAAAUGGACAACCAAUACAGAUAGCAGUCGGUCAAAGUUUUCCUUUUUCAUUUCAGAAUCGAUUCCGUUAUUAUGAAGGUGCUGUUGGUGAUAAUAAACUUCAAAUAAAUCGUUCAAGUGGUGCUUACAUUUUUCGACCGAAUGCACAACGUACCUAUCCAUAUGGUCAUGUUGUUGAAGCUAUUCUUUAUGUGGAUAAUAAUUAUGGUAUUGUACAAGAAGUACAUCAACGAUUUGAUUCAAAUGUUGGACAAAUUAUACGAUUGACAAAGGAUAGUAAAUUUGUUGAAUUUGAUUACGUUAUUGAACCUAUAUCCAUAUUGGAUAAUAUUGGUAAAGAAAUUGUUGUUCAAUAUCAAAUAAAAAAUUAUGGAAAUAAUGGUCAAUUCUAUACGGAUGCUAAUGGACGACAAUUAAUAUAUAGAAAAUGGAAUUAUCGUCGUACAUGGCCAUUUGAAAUUGAAGAACCUAUUGCCGGUAAUUAUUAUCCGGUCAAUUCUCGUAUCAUUUUAGGAGAUCAUGGUAGAUCUAUGGCAGUGUUAACUGAUCGAUCACAAGGUGGUACUAGUCCUAGUGAUGGAACAAUUGAAUUAAUGGUACAUCGACGAUUAUUACAUGAUGAUGGUUUUGGUGUGGAUGAAGCAUUGAAUGAAACUGGUAUUGAUGGUCAUGGUCUAGUUAUUCGUGGCCGACAUCGAUUAUUAUUGUUUUAUGAUGGCCACUCUGAUUCUGAUUAUCAUCGACCAUUAUCACAACAAUUUUAUAUGGAACCUAUAAUGGCUUUCAGUAAACUAAACAAACGUCAACAACAACAUCAUCAUCAUCAUUAUCGACAAUCAAUAUCGUUAAAUAAUUAUUCAUUACUGGAAACAGAAUUACCACCACAAAUACAUUUAUUAACAUUAGAACAAUGGUCAUAUGGUAAUUUAUUGAUUCGUUUAGAAAAUAUUUAUCAACAUAACGAAUAUAAUAGUAAAAAAGUGACUGUAAAUCUACGAAAAUUAUUCACUACAUUCAAUAUAAUUGAUGCUGAAGAGAUGACUUUAGCUGCCAAUCAACCAAUCAAUGCAUUGGAUGAUCGUUUAAGAUUUAAUUAUCAAUCAUCAUUUAAUAAUAAUAAAAAUGACCAUAAUGUUGGUAAACCAUUCGAUUCGAAUACUAUGGACGUUGAAAUUGGACCAAUGGAGAUUCGUACAUUUUUGAUACGAAUUUCGAAGAAUAUGAGUCCACAAUUUUAAUGAUGAAUAAAUUAAAAAAAAACAUGGCGAAAUAGCAAAGAAUAUAUUCUAUA